AUAAUGAAAGCCAAUUUACUUAAUUGAAGUGUCGCGUUGUAAUCUAUUUUAAGACGCACGUGCUCUUCGAGGUCAUUGAGAGUGGCCCGCUUUACCGAGUUUAACGAGACAGGAGGUAGCGCGGAAUCUGACGAGUUAUCACGGGAAUAAAAAAUAUAAACAAGUUUAUUAUUAGAGCGCUCGUUCGGACCGGGUCGCACGGCCGUGAUUUGUCCGAUGGCUGUGAUAUACCGAAAUACCCGCGCAAUAAACGAACAUUCAACGUCGUACAAAGGCACGAACAUUAGGCACUCGCACGAAUUCUUCACGCUGCUCACCACGGCCGGCACCAAACGCGACACCUGCUAGGCAACGCGACUUUGCUGUGCCGUCAUCGUCGUCGUGACAUCCAGCUUAUCUACUGUCAUAGGGUAUGGCGACUACCUCGAGGAGCAGAAGAAAGCAAGAAGAUGAAAAAAAGAAUAAAAAGAAGCAGUCUCCUGUGGACGACAGGCCUCAGGUGCCAGCACCAAGUGAAGCAAUGCUCAAAACGCCUUGGGCGGUCGCCCCACUCGCCCUACCCUAACGCCGCUACUGAAAGGCAACAUCUACGGGUUCUGAGCUGCCCAAGCUCUAUUUUAUACAUCACUCAAUUUUGCUUACCACAUCUUCGAACAGCAUUCGGUCUAUUAGACAGGGAUAGCGAUGGUCACGUAACGCCGGCAGAGCUGCAGUUCAUGCUGCGCAACCUGGGCAUCGAGGUCAGUGACGACCUCAUAGCUGACCUUAUUAAGGAUGCCAGUAAAACUGGAAAUGGUCUAAUAGACGAAAAUGAGUUCAUGCAAUGGGUGACAAAAAUACAAGCACUGCAAGGACUAGAUGUUACAACGAGUGGAGGAGAUUCGGAAGAAGAAGUAACGAGGGAUUUGCUAGCCGCGUUCAAAGUGUUCGAUCGCGAUGACAACGGGUACAUAACGAGAGACGAGCUGCGGUCAGCGCUGGAGAUGAUCGGUGAGCCGGUGACGGAUGCGCAGCUCAACCAGGUGCUGGCGCUCGGCGACAUCGACCACGACGGCCGGAUCGAUUACGAAGAGUUUGUCAAGAUGCUGCUGUAACGUACCUUAAUAAAAGAAAGACCUCACUAGAUAUAUGACUAUUGUUAGCUGAUCGACGACUACCGACUUCGACGUUUCAUAGGCGUUGUGUCGUAGUUUGUUCAGUAGUUAUUGUACCUAACUAGAUACUGUCCAAGGAUCGAGUUAGUUAAAUUUAAUUAUUAAUAGAAUUUUAUAGGCCCUAGAGAUAACCGUGUACCGUUAGUUGUGUAAAUGGCUUCGUUUAUCAUGCAUAGAUAGGUAGACGGAUUAAAUAUAUGCCUAAUGUUUAUAAAAAAAAGGAAUAUAAAUUAUAUGAAGAAUUGUA